AUGUUUACGCAGGCUCUUGGGGCGUUUGCCCUGUUCAAUUAUCUCGCUCUGGGCCAAACAACACCCAUCUCGGAGAAGCAAUGUGAGACUGCUCGCUGGGAGCACAAGCCUAGACUCUUUGUCCUCACAGAUAUCAGCAAUGAACCCGAUGAUCAAAUGAGUUUGGUUCGUCUCCUCACUUACGCCAAUGAGAUAGAUAUCCAGGGCAUCGCAGUGACCACCUCGACGUGGAUGCCUGACAAGAUAGACUUUGAGUCUGUUGUUGGUGUCCUGGGUGGUUACAAAAAGGUUGUCGAUAACCUCAACGCCAAUGUACUCUCUCAUGCGUCUUACCCGUCACACAAAUACAUGCUUGACAGGAUACACAAAGGUCACCCAGUCUAUGGACGAAAGUCGCUCAACAUGAGUCUCAGCGAUGGCGCGAAAGCACUCAUCAAGGCAGCCGAUGCGGCCAGUACUGAUGAUCCUCUCACCGUCUCAAUUUGGGGUGGAAGUGCAAUCCUGGCAGAAUCUCUUCAACACAUCUCUCGCACAAGAAGCGAAGCCGCCGUCGACUCCUUCGUUGAGAAACUACGGGUCUACGCAAUUUCCGAUCAAGACGACACAGGCGUCUGGAUCCGUCUCCGCUACCCACAACUCAUGUACGUGACUUCGCUCCACGGCUUUAGCGAAUACACCGAUGCCACAUGGAACGGCAUCUCGGGAGAAGAAUAUCGUCACUUUGACCAAGGCGGUCCAGACUCAAGCAUCGUGUCCAACGACUGGCUUGAGAAGAACAUUCGUUUAGGACCAUUGGGGUCGCAUUACCUAAACUGGAGCUUUAUCAUGGAAGGCGACACGCCCGCGUUUCUACCCCUUGUGCAAAAUGGUCUUGGAGAUGUGAACAGACCAGACUUUGGGAGCUGGGGCGGCCGAUAUACUCUUCUUGACCAUUCAGGCCAGUCGAGAGUCUAUGCUGACACAAGCGACUACGUCGUUGGUAAGAACGGGAAGAGCUUUACUAGCAAGUUUGCCACGAUUUGGAGGUGGCGUGAGGAUUAUCAGUUCGACUUUGCAGCUCGUAUGAAAUGGAGCGUCAACUCCAACUACUCAGAGAACAACCAUCAACCUAUCGCUAUCGUCAACGGGUCUUGUGGUCCUGCGCCUCUGAAGCUGAAGUACAAGCCUGGUCAGAGCAUUGUUCUUGACGCAUCUGAUAGCUGGGAUCCUGAUGGCGAUGACCUCAAGUACGACUGGUUCCAUUAUCGGGAGCCUGGCGGUGCGUACGGACGAGGAUUAGAGGGGUUUGAUCCUUCUUUGAGGAUGAAGCCGAUUUUGACGACUCAAAGUCCGAAUGUCAAUAUUACCAACCUCAAUGAAGACGGCAGCAUUGUCAAGCUCGAAACUGCGAAGAAGCUCAACGAUACCCUUCAUAUUAUUCUGGCUCUUCGCGAUGACACUGAACAACCUCUUGCUACCUAUCGAAGAGUCAUUUUGGAAGCAAUGUAA